AUGUUGAACCAUGGAUCUUUGAUUGUUGGAAAAACAGGAUCAAACAAGAGUAGUUAUAUAAAACUAAUUCGUCAUGCAAUCAAUACACUUGGUCAUCAUUAUCAAUUCAUUUAUCAUCCUGAAAUCUAUAAAGAUGCAAACAAAAUCGAUGUUGACCAAGUUCCAUUACAACAAGCAAAUGAAUUAUCGUCGACAUCAAGCAAAAUGUUGAAAGCCUCAUUCAUGGCUGAAGUAUGCACCGAGUUGGCUAUAACAAAAAAUUUAGCAACAACAGAUACAUUUUUAUGUCAUGAGGAAGGGGAUGUUGUCUUGUCAACACUUGGUUUUUAUUCACCUUCGGACUCCAUGCAUGCUGCUGGUGUAAACUUAUUAUGUUCAGCACUUGAUGGUCUUUCAAACUAUAAUCGAACAACCGGUCGUCAAAAUUUCAAUGUCAAAAAUUCGACCCUUUCAAUGCAUCAGAUUUUUUAG